UCCCACCGGGUGGCCGUGGCCAGCACUGCGGAUGGCCCUGGGACCUUCCAGAAGCAGGACGGAAGAGAGAGCGCCGAGGACCGCGACAGAACAAGGCGGGACCUGUGAUGUCCAGGGGGGCGGGGCCGGGGGGCGUGACUCCAGCUCGGGCGACCGGUGGUCGGAGUGGGGGAGAGCGGCCGAGCGGGCCAUGCCCUGGGACUCCCCGUCGCUGUGGGAGCUGGUGGAGGAGCACGUUCCGCUCCCGGAGCGACCCGAAGUGAAGAGGAUUCUGGGGGAGGCGGUGGUGGACCUGAACCUGGAGCUGCGAGCGGAGCUCUCCUUGCAGGUGGCGAUGCUACAAGCACUGCUCCAAGAGGCCCGAUCCUCCCGAGCCCCUGGCUCCCACCCCAUCUCUGACCCUUCCUCCCUUCUGGCACCACCGCCUCUCCUGAGGGACCUUGUGCGCCAGGAACUGCGACAGCUGCUCCAAAGUCUCCGCCACAAGGCUAUCUGCGAGGGCAGGGACCAGGCCCAAGCCUGGGCCCAAUAUAGCCCCAAAGUCCUUCGCUUUGCCUUGGAGGAGCCUACGUGUGACCUUCCAGAACAGGAGCAAUUUCAAGGGACAGUGGUGGAGCCCAGCAGCAGUCAAAGGACCCUCAGUGUCAUCAAGGACCAACUGAACGUGUCCGGCAUUGACCAGGUUGCUGGACACUUGAGGGCCCUCUUGGAAGAGGACUGUCGUAACUUGGAGAGAGAGAUCUCCACUCUGCAGUGCUGCCUGGAAGUGGAGCAUACACGGGCUUGCCAACUCUCUGAGACAAUCCCAGAGCCUACCCUGACAGAGCUGAAGGAACAGAAGAAGGCCAUGGAACAGGAGCUGAAGGCCUCUCUCAGGCCUCCCUGCCCCUCUGCUAUGCACAGCAGUCCUCAGAGUCCUCCACUCAGGGUCUCAGACCCUUUCCUUGUCACCCUGGGACGACCAGAGUCUGGUCUGGAACUCUCCAAGGCUAUCAGCCUGCACCUCCUUUGGAGCGCUGUCCCCAGCCUGGAGGCCGGCCUGCCACUUGCCGCUGGGGCCGACAGCUUCGGUGCAGCCCCAGGAAAGGACCAGCUUCCACAACUGUGUCCAGUGCAGCACCCCGGGCUCCACCUGGAGCUCCAACCUGAAGGGCUGGCCACAGAAGCAGGCUUCUGAUGGAAUUCACCCCUACUUGCUGUGGCUACCUCCGGCUGCUAUGGCUUGCCAGCAUCUGGUCUAGUCUUGGAUGAGCUUUGCCAGAACCUCAAGGCUGUUCGUCAACGGGUCCUUGCCCCACCCCUUUACCAGGCCCCUUGUAUCUAGGGGUGAGUAGCUGCCUGUCUGCCUAACCAUCAAAGCCUUUGGCCUUUCUCCUCCCAAGACUCCACAAAGGGACAACAGAGGUCCUAUCCCAGCCAGACUCUUGUCCCCUAGGGGACCCAGACAAAGCACAGCAGCAGCUCAGUGACAGGAAUAGAAAUUUCAUUAAAAUCUAUGGACUUUAAAAUCCUAGUGGUGCACGAAUGGGCAGGGGCGGGCAGCCCACCGUUAUUGCUACAGAGGAUUAGAGGCGGCUCUGCCAGGGCUGUCACUGCACAGAGGGCACAGGGGACAGACAAACGGAACACUGCAGGGCUCUGGAGGAGGAGAUGGGCACAUGGGCUGGGGCCAUUUGGCACGUGAACAAGGGCAGCAGAUCUGGAAGACUGGGCCUUUAGCCUAGUGGAGGAGGAGGCAAGAGGAAGUCGUGCAGGGUCCCCUGCUCCCAGGGCUGUGGGCUCAAAGCUCUUGUUGAGCAGCCUCCAUCCCUGCCCUCCAGAAACAAAUGCUUUGGGAGGGGAUGCUGGGUCACAGCCUCAACUGGCUGGGCCUGACAGCCAGGGCUGGAAUGGGGCAGAGACCCAGGAGUGGCCGAGUGAGGUGCAAGCAGGCCUGGAAGACAAAUUGGAACCGAGGCUGGGGCAGGGGGUGGCAACCACAGAUAAUACAACUUUUACAAAAA